CCCCGCAUUUCUUCUCUUUUUUCUCUCUCCCUCUCUCUUGAAGCAACGAAGAAUCGAAGCUCAUCUCCGCCGUCCGAUCCCGUUUCUCUCCGAUCUCGUCCGUUCGAUUUCUCCUCCACCCUCUUUAUCCGAUAUUAAUCUCCGCUGUCAAAGUCGAGAGAGAGAGAGAGAGAGAGAGAGAGAAAGUUGUUGGAUAGAUCUCCUCCGUUGUUUUCUGCAGAGCUAGGGUUUUGAUCUCCUCUCGCCGCUUCCAAAGGGUUUGGCGAUGGAGAACGGGGUUGCGGUUGUCAACGGAGACGAUAGGGCUUUGAAAUUCGAGUCAACGGAUUUGGUGGAGGAGUCCAAGGGUUCGGUUAGGGAUUCAGAAGGGAAUUUGAAAUUGGAGUCGACGGAUAAUGGAUUGAAUGGUUUAGAGGAGGAUUCGGUCGAGGAGUCGAAGGGGUCGGUUAGGGGUUCGGAAGAGAAUGACGAGUUUGAGGAGGCGGAGCUCGAUCGAGAGAGCUUCUACACGCCGGCUUAUCGACAUAUGGGUUCGGAUUCGCAAGAUUUGCAGGAAGCUGAUUUUGAUUCGGUGGAGAGCGCUGAUGGUGUUGAUGGUGAGGAUGGGGAUAAUCAAGAUCGAGAAGCAAAAGAAGUGGUAGAUAGUUCGAAUGUUGAAGAACUUGGUUCUGGAAAUAAAGAAGAGGUUUUUGAUACCAAGUUAAAUGGCGUGGAGGUUGAUCGUGUAACUCGUGUUGCUGAAGAUCAGGAAGAAAAAGAAAUGGUAGAUGAUUUGUGUGCUGUUGAACAAGAGGAGGUUAUUCCUGAUAAGACCGAUGUGCAAGUUAGUGAUCAGAGUGGUGAAGAUCGAGAAGGAGUUGGUUCUGGAGAGGAGGAAGAAGUUUUUGUUACCAAAUUGAAUGGUUUAGAGGGUGAUGAUGUUGUUAAAGAAGGUUCUUUUGGGUCGAAGGAUGUUGGAGAGAAAGGUUUCGAAAAUGGUGACAAGGAGUUAACUGAGGAUAAGCUUGACAAUGGGGAGUGCAAUGGUACAGUUUCAGAUGAAGGGCAUAAUGUUCUUCAUGAGAUACUUGAAAAUGGUCUCUCUCUUGUGGCUAGCUCAGAUGAGAUUUGUGUGGGCACUGCAUCCAAAUCUAAGGAACAAGCUCCUGCUGAUGAGAUUUGUGUGGAGGCUGUUACGCAAUCUGAGGAGCAAACUCAUGUAGAUGAGAGGGGUGUUGAUACUGGUACAAAAUCUAAGGAACAAACUCAUGUAGAUGAGAUGGGUGUUGAUACUGAUGUAAAAUUUAAGGAGGAACUUCCUAAUGAAAGUGUUAAGCAUAUGGUUAAUGACUCGGUUGAAUUGGAUUCCACUUAUGAUGAUCAGACAACAUAUAUGCAGCGAGAAGCUGUCCAUUCACCGUCACCUCUUUCUGUAACCGCUAAUGGGAUUACAACAAGGUCGUAUGCUUCAGUUGUUAAGGAGAGUACACCUGAUGGAAAACUGGAACAAGCCAAGGAAGAUGGAUCUAGUUGUGACAGCAAGUCUGAAGUGAAAGAAAAUUCUAUUAAGGAUGAUGAUGACAAAAAGAGUAUGAGCAAAGCGUCAUCUUCUACUGCUCCUGUGCUUCCAGAAGGUUCUGGAGGCCCAUCAUUGCCAUCUCGUCCUGCUGGCCUCGGAACUUCUGCUCCCUUACUAGAGCCAGGUCCUCGUGCUCUUCAGCAGCCAAGGGCUAAUGGAGUUGCUCCUCAGAGACGAUCCCAGGCUUCUGAAGAACCUGCUAAUGAUGAUCCGGAAGAUAAUGAUGAGACCCAUGAGAAGCUUCAAAAGAUUAGAGUCAAGUUCUUGCGACUCACUCACAGGCUUGGGCAAACACCACACAAUGUAGUUGUUGCUCAGGUCCUCUACAGACUUGGUUUAGCCGAACAGCUGAGAAGAAACACAAACCGCCCGGGUGUGUUCAGUUUUGAUCGAGCCAGUGUUAUGGCAGAGCAGCUCGAGUCAUCAGGCAGGGAGCCUCUUGAUUUCUCGUGCACGAUCAUGGUCAUUGGGAAAACUGGAGCGGGCAAGAGUGCAACCAUCAAUUCAGUCCUUGAUGAAGUCAAGCUUCACACAGACGCAUUCCAAUCUGCCACUAAGAAGGUCCAGGAAAUUGUGGGCACAGUUCAGGGCAUCAAGGUUAGGAUUAUUGAUACUCCUGGGCUUUAUCCUUCCUUUUCUGACCAAUGGCGCAAUGAGAAAAUUCUUCAUUCUGUGAAGAGGUUUAUCAGUAAGAGCCCUCCAGAUAUUGUUCUGUAUUUUGAUCGGAUGGAUAUGCAGAGUAGGGAUUAUGGUGAUGUACCCCUUUUGAGAUCGAUUACUGAUGUUUUUGGGUCAUCUAUUUGGUUUAAUGCCAUUAUUGUUCUGACUCAUGCUGCUUCGGCUCCACCUGAUGGUCCAAAUAAUACUCCUAUGAGUUAUGAGAUGUUUGUGACUCAGCGAUCUCAUGUUGUUCAGCAAGCAAUAAGGCAAGCUGCUCAGGAUUUGAGGCUCAUGAAUCCUGUAUCUUUAGUUGAGAACCACUCAGCUUGCAGGAUGAAUAGAGCAGGUCAGAGGGUUUUGCCAAAUGGGCAGGUUUGGAAACCCCACUUGCUUCUGCUCUCGUUUGCUUCGAAGAUAUUGGCAGAAGCAAACACGCUACUUCAAUUGCAAGACGCUCCGGCUGGAAGGCCUUUUGCUGCUCGUUCAAGAGCUCCUCCUUUGCCUUUCUUUUUGUCUUCUCUCCUUCAGUCGAGGCCACAGCUAAAAUUGCCAGAGGAGCAGCUUGGUGAUAGUUUUAAUGAAGAGGAGGGUUUGGAUGAGGCGUCUGAUUCUGAUGAUGGGUCUGAUGAUUAUGAUGAAUUGCCACCAUUCAGGACUCUCAAUAAAUCACAGUUGGCCAAGCUGAGCAGAGCACAGCAAAAAGCAUACUUUGAGGAACUUGAUUAUAGAGAGAAACUCUUUUUCAGGAAACAGUUAAAGGAGGAAAAGAGGCGUCGAAAGCUAAUGAAGAAUAUGGCAGAAGCUACCAAGGAUCUGCCAGUCGACCAAAAUGAGAAUGUAGAGGAGGAAAACAAUGGUCCAGCAUCUGUGCCAGUUCCAAUGCCCGAUUUAGUAUUGCCCACCUCUUUUGAUUCUGACAAUCCUACUCAUCGUUAUCGGUUUCUAGACACUUCCAACCAAUGGAUCGUUAGGCCUGUGCUUGAGAACCAUGUAUGGGAUCAUGAUGUUGGUUAUGAUGGUCUGAAUGUUGAAAGAUUACUUGUAAUCAAGGAUAAAAUCCCAGUAUCUGUUUCGGGUCAACUCACAAAGGAUAAAAAGGACUGCACAUUUCAAAUGGAGCUCGCCAGUUCGAUUAAGCAUAGUGAUGCAGGAGCCACCUCUUUGGGUUUGGAUAUGCAAACUGUUGGAAAAGACAUGGCUUAUACUUUUCGGGGUGAAUCAAGAAUAAAAAACUUUAGAAGAAAUAACACAGCAGUUGGGGGUUCAGUGACUGUUCUUGGGGAUUCAGUAUCAGCUGGUGCUAAAAUAGAAGACAAUCUAGUAGUUAAUAAAAGGUUGAAAUUACUCAUGAGCGGUGGUGUUAUGGCUGGUCGUGGAGAUGUAGCUUAUGGAGGUCGGCUUGAGGGUACAUUGAGAGAUAAAGAUUAUCCAAUUGGUCGAGCUUUGUCUACUCUUGCAUUAUCAGUUGUGGAUUGGCAUGGGGAUCUAGCAAUUGGAUGCAAUGUCCAGUCCCAGAUUCCUUUGGGAAGAGGAACUAAUGUUGUUGCCCAUGCAAAUUUGAAUAACAAGGGGACUGGGCAAGUUGGGAUUCGGUUAAAUAGCUCAGAACAACUCCAGAUCGCUCUAGUUGCUCUCGUGCCCUUGUUUAGACAUGUCAAGCGAGUACUUUUCGGUUCUUCUCAGACUUUUGAUUAGGUUGGAGGCAAUAAUCAGCUGCUGGAAGUACUUGAACUUAUGCUAAAAGCCUGCUGGAUGCUACUCCUUUGUUUCUUUGUAAGUUUUUGAUACAUGUUUCUCUUUUCUAAGUAGUAUAAGCUUUCAGAUGGUGUUUUCUACACUAGAUCUUAGUUAGAAGAGGGAAAGUUUGAUGUUCAUUUGAUGCCUUUGCGGGUAUUUUUGUUUUGAUUUGUAUAACAGCUAAGUAGUUCUAUGAUUGGCCGCAAUGUUGCUCUUGCGUAUAGUUUUUUAAGCUCUGGAGAACUUAAUAUCCUUUAUCUUAUUGUUGAAUACAUCUCUUUUAUGUGGGAA